UACAUUGAGUGAUUAGUUCAAUUGAAAAGACUACCAUUUACUGAUGAAAAAUGCUUGCUUCCCGGAGAUUGUUCCAUCAGUUUUUAGUCGAUUCUUUUAGUACAAUUGAGUCUGAUCGGUUGAGGUAUAUGAGGGAUCAUCAGAAGGAUCUGAGGGCUGCUAUGUACAAGGGAUUAACUGAAGCUAUUGUCAGCGGAGAUUGUGUUGCAAAUGUCACAGGAAAGCGCAUAGUCCUGCCUGCGAGUUUUGUUGGUGGUGCAAGAUAUAUGAUACAGAACUAUCAGGAUGCAAUGACCAUUUGUUCUUGGGCUGCAUAUCCUGAUUAUGCUGAUACCUCCACAGGUAUUACUGCUGCAUCCAUGUAUAGGCAGAAUACUGGUGCAGGUAUUGGAAAAAAGAGAGCCCGAAAAGCCGUCGCAAAGGGUGGAUCGUCUAAUAUUAGUCAAAUCAACCACAUUCCUGAUUUCAUGCAUUCUUAUGUUGAGUCUAUUACUGAUGUCAAAAGUGACGGGAACUGCGGUUAUCGUGUGAUUGCCUUAGGCCAUACCAACAAUGAAGAUGAUUACGAUUUUAUUAAAAAGAGCAUGCUUGAUGAGCUGCAACUCCAUAAGCAAGACUAUUUGAAAAUAUAUGGGGGUGGAGAGCGUUUGUCUUAUAUUAGAAAUGCACUGUUGCCAGCAAAGAGGAAGGCUAGGAGGCACGGUGUCGCAUUAAUCGAUAAAUGGUUGACAUUCCCGGACAUGGGACACAUUGUGGCUUCUAUUCUAGGGAAAGUCGUUGUCAAGUUGACAAAACAUGGAGCAUCAGAGACGUUUUUUCCAUUACGCGGUGUCCCAUCGUCCAACCCUUCUUCGCUAAUUAUUUGUCUUGGGGCUAUCCCCGGUCAUUAUGUCCAUGUCAAUUUGAAGGAUGGUUGUCCGAUACCUCCAACAUCCAUUCAGUGGAAACAACAUUGUUCAACUGAAGCUAUUGUUUGGGAAUCGUAUUUCGUUGAUCGGCAAGCCAAUUUUACUAAACUAAUGAAGGAUCAUAUGGUUCACCACAAAAAGGAUGUUCGCGCUGGUUCCAAAUCAUGUUAUCCAAUUGAUCUUUAAUUUGUUCAUGCUGUUUUCGAUAUCAAUUGAGUUUUUUCAG